AUGUUGGCGGCGCAUCGUGACCAAGAGAACUUGGUUCUGAGCCAGCAGGUUCCAACGAAGCAAGGACAUAAUUCACGGUUUCCAAAGACGCCUUCUCGAUUUCCUCAGCGUGAUGAGAAUGCUACCGCCUUUACAGGCAAGGGCGGGGUGAAGACCAUCAACAAAGGCAAUGGAACUCGACAGGCUAUGGUCACUCCCAUGGGAACCCGUGGUCGAGCUCCUCUAGGCAACAAAACCACCAACGCCAAAGCUAAGAAUGGGCAGUUGGGUGGUGUUAAGAACCUUGUUAAGGACAUCGAACAGACGCAACUGAAGCCAACCGCACAGAAACCCAAGCAACGACCAGUGGACCUUGCGCCUCUUGAGAUUCGACUUAAAGAAGAGCAUAAGACCAUUGAACCGCAGGAGGAGGAGCCUGAAUACGCCCCACCAAAGCCAAAGAAUCUCGCAUAUGAAUCAGAUUGCUUCCCCAAAGAUCUGUUGACGCUGGACGGAUUGAAGAAGGGCAAUCUCCUCAAGGGAUACUACCAACACUUUUACAACCCAGUCGAUGAUGAGGGUAUUUCUCGACAGGAUAGAGAGUUCGCAGAGACGUUGAAGAAGGUGGCAGCUAAGGCUGAGGAGAAGAAUAAACGAGAGAUAGACGCCUUGACUUUCAACAUCAACGAUUUAUCAGACAACGAAGAACAGGUCAGGAAGCCUACACCUAAGACCAGUCUUCUGGACCCUUCGGGACGUAAGGCCAACGGCAUCCAAACCAAGCAGCCAUCCAGCCUUUCUUCAAGGCGUGCUGCCUCUGCUUUGUCUAUUCACUCGGAUACCAGCAGCAGCAGCAAGGGCCCUUCAGUGGCUCGAACAACAGACCCUCGAAGGCCUCUGUCUUCCUUGUAUCAGGGUAGAAAGCCUGCUGCUCGAAAUGUCGUCCCCGUGAAGAGAUCACAUGCGGAGAGCGCUACUGGCGAGGCUGCGUCACGAACCACUAUUGGCUACAACCGUGGCCGGUCAGCAUCAUCUCUGGUCAGCGCUCAACGUCGUGGAACUGACGCCCGUGAGGUAACACAGCGUCCAGUCAAGCCUUCGGGUAGGGUGAGCCCUACCCAGUCAGAUCUCACUAUUACACCAGCCCGUCUUCGUCAAGCCGUCCAGAAAGACCAAGAGACAAACCCCCAACCUCAAUUCAUGUCAAUCUUUGAUGAGGAUGGUGAUGAUGAUGACCUUCCACCACUAAGUCAGCCACUCCAUAUAUCCGAUGAUGAAGAUGAGGAGUUUGUGCUCAAAUUGGACUUGUGA